AUGAAUCCAUUCUUGUUCUUCCUAGUUGUACUGGGAAUUGCCUCGCCAGCGCUGGGCUUGACUCUACCUCUACACACAUCAAGCCGUUGGAUUCUUGACGCAAACAAUGAGCGCAUCAAGUUCCGUUGUAUCAACUGGGCCGGACAUAUGGAAACGCACCUCCCCGAAGGUCUGCAUAAACAGUCCAUAGACUAUUUGGCAGACUGGAUCCGUAAUCAGGGCUUCAACUGCGUGCGCCUGACGUAUUCCAUCGACCAUGCACUCAACCCGAUGCUCAAAGUCUCUGAUGCUUUCAGCCAGGCCGCCAGUCAGGCUGGUGUUCCCGUGGAGUCUAUGCAGAGUCUCUACAACUCAGCGGUUGCGAAGAACCCUUUCCUCUCCACUGCUACCACCCAGGACGUCUAUGCUGCGGUUGUUGAAAAGCUCUGGACCCGCGGUGUUAUGACCAUCCUGGACAACCACGUGUCUAAGGCUACAUGGUGUUGCAAUCUUACAGACGGCAAUGGCUGGUGGGAUUCGGCUUUCGGUUAUAACGAUCUGAAUUCGCGAUACUUCAAGACCGACCAGUGGCUGUCAGGGCUACAGGCCAUGGCGACAUGGGCGCAAGGCCGCCCCGGCGUUGUAGGGAUGUCGCUGCGCAACGAGAUCCGGCAGUCCUUCCUACAAGACUUGAACGGCCCCCACAACGACUGGUUCACAUAUGUAAGCCAGGCAGCCAAGCUCGUCCACAGCGUCAACCCAGACCUGCUGGUCGUGAUCGGGGGCAUCAGCUCGGCCACGGACCUCAGCUUUAUCAGAACAAGGAACCUGGACACGAGCGGGUGGAGUGGGAAGCAUGUGUGGGAGAUGCACGCAUACUCCUUCACGGUGACCUUCACCGACGUGUUCCAGAGCUGCGACGCCGUGCAGGCGGCCUACGGCCUCUUCGACGGGUUCCUGCUCGAGCAGGGAAAGGCGUACACGGGUCCGCUGCUGCUCUCCGAGUUUGGCGUGGGCAUGACGGGCGGGCCGAGCCAGGGGCUCAGCGAUGCGGAUCGUCGCUAUUUGCAGUGUCUCGUCGAGUACGCCACUGGCAACGAUAUGGACUGGGCGCUGUGGGCGUUGCAGGGCAGCUACUAUGCGCGGAAUCAGCAGACGGGCUACGAGGAGGCAUGGGGAGCCUUGGACAAGGACUGGAUGGGAUGGAGAAAUGCCGCUUUUCCGGGGAUGUUGGGUGAAAUGUGGAAUGCAACCCAAGGUCCUUGA